UUGUCGCGGAGAUGGGCUUGCGAUAAUCCCAUUUUCUUACCCGCUGGUCAUUCUGGAGAUACACUGUACCUAUCUGUAUUCGAGACACCUAACCUGCGUUUCCUCCCGGUUCAACCGUCGCUUCACUCCACCUCACCCGCUUCGCGGUCCGGAAUGCUUACCGAUCAUGGAAGCUCUUGUCUAUGAGAACUCGCCCUUGGCUGAAUAUCUCCACGGGGAGGGUGAGCACGAUGCAAACUGGCCGGUUCAGGAGACCGAGCAUAGCGACGAUUUCUCCGAUUCCACCGCAGCGGAUUUCGCCCCACGAGGUGCUUCAAAGUUCCAGGAGCGCAUUCGGAAUAAACUUCCCAAACCACUUGAUCAGAAGGUCUUGCGACAGAGGGCAACUCUGGGUAAACUCUAUGAUGCCUGCACGUCGGCCUUGAACUCGCGCGUCGGACGAAACGACAACGAGCGAUUCCUUGAACAAUUCGGUUAUGUUAUCGUCGCGUCUCAAUUGUUGAACGAGCACAGUGCGCCUUCCUAUACCUCAGCCACGGAUGUAUUCUCUGCUGCACGACCUGCCGAUCUUCCCUCGAUUUCCGCGACCUUUGGCCUACAAGGGGCCCUUGUGACUGCGUCGACAUCUUUCUCUGUUGCUUGGUUGAUACAAUGGGGCCGUUCAAAACCCGCAUUGGGACUCAGUCCAUGGAAGGUCGGGGUGCUGCUGGUAUUGGUCCCCGUCAUCGGAGUAUUCUAUUUCGCAUUCGCGAAGAGGCAGUGGUUGAAGUAUCUGCGGCACCAAGCUGUAGAUGCAGCGGCGACAUUUAUAGGCAAUGCUCAGGGAUUCGACUCUGCUGCAUCGGCAUCAGUCGUGUUUAUACAGGAAGUCGAGCUGGUCUCGAGAGGCUACCGCAUAAGCACGCCUUUGCCACCCAUUAGCAGACUUGAAGACCAAACACAAAUACGACGAUGCUUGAGACUGCGUCGCACCGUAUCCGAAUCCUUCCACUCUAUGCUAGGUCGAUACCUCCAAGCACAACAGACCUUACAGCCUCUUACCGAUGACGCAAACCUGGCCAAAUAUUACGACAUCUAUGACAUUUCUGAAGAAGAGCUUGUGGAGGCACAGGGAUUAUACCAGGACCGAGCGACCGAGGACCAAUACUCUCUGCGUGCGUUGCGGACGCUAUUCGGAAGACUCUAUGUCGUGAGAAAGAGUAUUCUCUGUUGUCUUCUCGCCCUUGGGGCCGAUGGUGGUGGGUCUGAUAUUGCGAGAUGGACCACUGCUGUCGAACAGAUGCGCGACCUGGCCAGCGUGACCGGGGAAAACACCCACAAAAUGACCAGCAUUCUGAACGAAGAAGACACUGAUGCUAUUCCUCCUUCUCCUUUACCAACCGCCUCGCCCAACAAGGACAACCUUCGUGCACAGUACCGUCGGAUCAACUCCCUUUCCCAAGGGAUUCGGGCACUUCACGCAAAAAUGCAUAUUCUCAGAGAGGCAUCGAGCGCAAAUCUUGAACGGCCGGACUCAAGCGAGUUUGAGGCAACCCUCGUGCCUCAAUAUGAUUCUAUCGGUGCUGACAUCAAGAGUCUGCUUCAGGAAUGGGAGGCGGGCAAGUCAGCACUGGCAAGUGCGCUGGACACACAACCCAACAGAGACUACUCGCGGCCUACGAGUAGUAUCAAAAUCCCUCUGUCGCCUACCCCUAGCCUUGGGGGGUCCACGGCUGUUGAAGGGAGCCCGGCAGAUGCACUCAGGGCUUUGAACGGAGAAAGGCCCGAUUCAUUCAUCAUCCACAAUGCAGAUGACGCAGAGGAGAUCUUCGAAGCAAUUGCUCUUCCGCCUCGCAAUAAAAGGGCAUCCAUGACCAGAGAAGAGCGCAUCGCCCGUGUCAAAGAAGACAGGGCGCGGCAAGCCGCUCUACGCGAUCGUGCUGAUGCAAACACAAACAUGCUGAAGGAGCUUGAGAUGGUCAUCAAGCAAAGACCUCGCACUAUGUAUGCGAAGCGUGUUACGAGCAUCUGAUCGGCAAUCCGCACAUACUUAUCUAUUACGACUACUCCAUCAGACCUCAGUCGUAAUUUCCUCCUUCGAUCCUCGCACAUCAUUUUUCUCUUCAGAGUCUUGUUCUGGUCUCGACUCGAAUCCGAACUUAGCCAGCAAAUCAUGCAAUUGAUACCCAAAAAUGUAUAGAGUGGACCGGUGUCAAAGGCGCUUGGGCGGUGUUGCAUUCGUUUUUCGCUUUUUCUCUGCAUCAUUUACUUUAUUCGAAGCGUUGCAGGCUCAAUAUCUCUCUUUUUCAACUGUACACUAUCUCUUACUAUUCUUCGCCUGCAUAUUCUUACUCUGUACUGUUUUGCGAAUGCACCUAUCACUACUGGCAGUCGCCAGUUUAUCUCAUUUGUCAAGAAGAAAUUGCCUUGUGUACAUAUCUUAACACAUUACUUAAAUCGAUU